GGAUCUCGGUACUGCAUCGACACAUUAGCAGCUCACCACUCGGACAAGGAGGCGUGUGUCAGUAACACUGAGCUGCACGUCGCCUUUGGCUGACCGAAACAACCCCAGUUUCUCUCAGUGUUCAAAAACAACAGCAGCCGUGCCCCGCCGCGCCCCCACCCCCAGCGGAGCCGUCAUGUGGCAGGAGGCCCGCAAACACGAGCGCAAGCUCCGUGGCAUGAUGGUGGAUUACAAACGCAGAGGAGAGCGACGGCGGGAAUACUAUGAAAAGAUCAAAAAAGAUCCAGCUCAGUUUCUGCAGGUUCAUGGCCGAGCCUAUAAGAUUCAUCUGGAUCCCGCUGUGGCCCUCGCUGCAGAGAGCCCCAUAAACAUGAUGCCAUGGCAGGGAGAUGCCAACAACAUGAUUGAUAGGUUUGAUGUCAGGGCUCAUCUGGACUACAUCCCUACAUACACGCCUCCACUGCUCAACACAUCAACCCCAGAGCAGGAGAUGGAGGAGAGAAAGUGCAAUUAUGAACGCUACAGAGGCCUUGUGCAGAAUGACUUUGCCAACAUCUCCGAGGAGCAGUGUUUAUACCAGAUCUACCUGGACGAGCUCUACGGUGGCCUGCAGAAGCCAAAUGAAGAUGAGAAGAAAAAGCUGGCUGAAAAAAAGGCCACCAUUGGUUACACGUAUGAAGACAGCACUGUAACAGAGCCGGACCCUCAGUCAGACAAAGAUGAAGACAAUUCAGAGAACAGUGAAUCAGAGGAGGAUGAGGGCAUCCCAGAUAUUGAUGUUGAGGUGGAUGUUGACGAGCUGAACCAGGAGCAGGAGUUGGACCUCAACAAAAUUGCAACCCCGUAUGGAAUGGCUGAAGGAGACUUUGUGAGGAUGUUGAGGAAAGACAAGGAGGAAGUGGAGGCCAUCAAACAUGCCAAGGCUCUGGAGGCGGAGAAGGCCAUGUACUCUGGCCGGCGUUCUCGCAGACAAAGGAGAGAGUUUAGAGAGAAGAGGCUUAAAGGUCGACAGAUCAGUCCACCAAGCUAUGCAAGGAGAGACAGUCCCACGUAUGAUCCCUAUAAACGGCCAGAGUCGGAGUCGAGCUCUGAGUCACGAUCACGCUCUCGUACUCCCGGUCCAGAGAAGAUCACCUUCAUCACCAGCUUCGGAGGCAGUGACGAGGAAGCUGCUGCAGCCGCACAAACAGCCCCCCCUCACUCUGGCCACGCCCCCUCCAGCACGCAGCACCCUGCAGGUCAUAGCAGGGGCUCCCGGAGACGAAGGUCGUCCUCCAGCCGCUCCCCUUCCUCCUCCUCCCGCUCCUCCUCACGGUCCUCCUCUCGCUCUACCUCUCGUUCACGCCGUACAAGGCGUGGUCGCGGGGGAAGGGAUGGUCGCCGAUCCAGGACCCGAUCACGGUCGAGACGACGGACCCGAUCUCACUCUAGAGGCAGAGGAGGAAAUGGAGGAGCUGCAUCCUGGAGGAGACGAGACCGGACACGAUCGCGAUCCAACGACAGAAACAGAGAGCGAGACCGAGACAGAGAAAGGGACCGGGACCGGGACAGGAGACGAUACUCAGCGCGUAGAAGAACAAGGUCACGUUCCAGCUCUCGGCAGGGGGGCAGUUUGAGGCGAGGGGGGCGAAGCAGUGCAGGCCAUCGGCGGGGGAACAGCAACAGUCACAGUCCCUCUCAGUCCCCAAAACGUGCUAACCAUAGUCCCUCCCCUGCCCAUAGAGGAUCCCAGCCCUCUUCUCUCAGCAUCUGUGACAAGCUAAGAAAGCCUGAAACUCCGGGUGGUAAAGAGACGGGAGCUGCCAAACAGCCCAAGAUGACCCCACAAGAACGGCUGAAGAUAAAAAUGCAGAAGGCGCUCAACAAGCAGUCCAAGGCGGAUAAAAGAGCCGCUCAGGUGAAGAUCCAGCAGCAGGAAAACAAACGACAGGAGCGAGAGGGAGAGCUGCGAGCCAUGGCACGCAAGAUUCGCAUGAAGGAGCGUGAGAGACGAGAGAAAGAGAGGGAUGAAUGGGAGCGACAGUAUGGGCGACAGAGCCACUCCCCCUCUCCUUCCAAAUCCGGCCGUGAACACAGCUCACACAGAAGGAGGUCGCGGUCUCGGUCUCGGAGUCCUUAUUACCGAUACUGAGCUGUAGGAAACGUGAACACAUCCUACAGAAACGUCUGAACCGUACUUUGUCAUUAGUACACAAACUGUCAAACAAAGAGGCUAAUAAGUGGGAGUAUGAAGAGAGGGACUGGCACUACGCUCUCUGAAACUGUCUAAACAUAACAUUGACUGUGAUACCUUUAACUUCACUAAUUACACAGUUGAUUGAUUCAAUCUGCCACUUUUGUUUCAGCUUCAUCCUGAAAAGAGAGUGAAGGUUUAUUAUGAGUUUCUGUUUUCUUCUGCAUGCUCUUUUUUUCCCUUUUUCUGCCUGAACACUUCUUCAUGAUGUGAACUCUUCUGGAUUUUUUUUCUUCUUCGAACUAUAUAAUACUAAGCAAUAUCUCAUCUUUUUACCUCCCAUCUUCCUUUUUGUCAUUAUGCUCGCUCUCAGCCUUUUAAUGAUCACACUUAGGACCAUUUCAAAUAACUUUCAUGAGCUGAUGUACAGGAUAUUUAUAAACAUCAAUUUAAAACUUGUUUAUGAAAGCAGAUGAUGUUCAUGUAUGAAUUCAAUCCACCAACCUCUCUUUUUGUACAUAGUUAACAGAAGCAAAUCACUUUUUGUUGUUGUCUGUAAAGUGGAAUGUUAAACACAAAACAACAAAUAAAAUCAAUCUUUUGGAAUAAUU